AUGGCUCUCGACUCUCAUGGCGUCCUUGCAGCAGUGACCAUCGCAAUGUAUGUUCCCUUCCUGCUAGUUUCCAUCAAGAUAGUGUCCAAGUACGGCAUGGCCCGAGGUGAUGGGUGGAUCUUGCUGUUGGUAUUCUGCAUCAUUCGAGUAUUGGGUGGUGCUUUGCUUGUCGCAGCUGAGGAAGUUACUCCGUGA